AUGGCCUGCCGCCAGCUCGUGACUGGCCAAAGACCUGCUGGAGCCCGCGCCCGCCCGCCCGCCGAGCCGGGCCGUUUAAAUGGGCCAAGUUGUGGCGGCGGCGGCGGCGGCAGUCUCCCAAGUCCCUGCCGGGCGGGCGCGCCCCAGUGUACGCGGCCAAGGCCCCGGCAGCCGGCCGAGAAGCGGCCCGUGGUGGCCCGGCGGGCGGCGCGGCCGCAGGUGCCGGGGCGCAGUAGCGGCCCAGGCCCGAGCAAGUGGCGCCGGCGGCGGAGAGCCAGGCUACAAGGCCACCGGCCCGUCACGCCAGCGGUCAAGAAGGAGCUCCCAGGCCGCGAAUCCCGGGCCCUGGCUCUGGCCACCUUCCAUCCGACCCUGGCCGCACUGCCACUGCCGCCGCUCCCAGGCUACCCGACACCGCUGCUGGCCGCGGCCGCCCUGCCCCCGGCCGCCUCGCUACCCGCCGCGACCGCUGGCUACGAGGCGCUGUGGGCUCCACCACUCCGCUCCCCGCGCGCCUACCUGAGCCUGCACAAGGCCGCCCCGCACCUCCACCUGCCCCGGGGCCCUCUGGCCCCCGAACGCGUCUCAGCCACUGCGGCCGCGGCCCCGGAUUUCCAGCCGCUGCUGGACAACGGCGAGCCAGGCAUCGAGGUGGAGCGCGGCGCCAACCGCGCGCUGCUCUCCGUGCGCAAACUCUGCCGAGGCAGCAAGGGUCCGUCCAUCCGCCACCGCGGCGAGUGGCUCACACCCAACGAGUUCCAGUUCGUCAGCCGCCGAGAGACGGCCAAGGACUGGAAGCGCAGCAUCCGCCACAAAGGAAAAAGUCUGAAGACGCUUAUGUCCAAGGGGAUUCUGCAGGUGCACCCUCCGAUCUGCGACUGUCCGGGCUGUCGAAUAUCCUCCCCGGUGAACCGGGGGCGGCUGGCAGACAAGAGGACAGUUGCCCUGCCCACUGCACGGGUCCUAAAGAAGGAGCUGACCCCCAGCUUCUCGUCCCGUGAUGGUGACAGCGAUGGCAGUGGCCCAGCCUGUGGGCGGCAACCAGGCUUGAAACAGGAGGACACCCCACAUGUCCCUCUCAUGAGGAGAAGAGUCCACACCCACUGGGACGUGAACAUCUCCUUCCGAGAGACGUCCUGCAGGUAG